CGAGAGAGAACAGAUAUAAUACAAAAUUUAUUGCUUUUGUUCAUCGUGGGAGACUGACGUGUCAAGUAUACAUUUGCGAAUAGCGCAUAGAACAUAUUUGUCACCCCAGGAUUGUAUUCGGAAAUGUUGUGGAGGAAAUAAAAUAAAUCGUUGAAAUUACGUCGAUAUAUAUAUGUCUUUUCCCUGAAGGAUUUCUAAUUCUCGUCCCGCUUUCACAUCCCCUCAUCUUGAGUACAGCCCUGUGGGUGUGUGUAUAUAUAUACAUAUACUGCGUAGAUUAUUUGCAUUCACUCUGUAGACUCUGUACUCAUGCUGACAGUUGUCGCACGUUUUUUCCUCACGUGCCUUCUACAAAACAAGAGCUCCGGAAUUCGUUGAAUUUGUGCGUAUGCGCGCGCAUCGGCAUAAUCAAAAAACAACCUCCUCCGAAGCAUGAGGAUUCUCGUUCCAACACGACGUUGAUAAUCUAUUAUAUAUACCAUUAAUUGUGGCACGAACUCGAGUGGAGGAAGACGCGCCUUUCACCGCGCGUUUCUUUUUUAAACGCGCAGACGACUCCGUUCCUUCCGCGGCACACGAUUUCGCAGGUUGCUUUCUCGGGAGUCGCACACGUGGGUUGCGUCUCGAGGAGAAAAAAAGUGAGAAGAGGAAAUACGAAAGGUGGGAAAACGAACGAUUGCCUUUCUAUAAAAAAAAAAUUGUUCUGCGAGAGGCCCGUAAAUCUUAUGGUGAUAUCGCGACUGUGGCAUGGACAAAGAAACGAAUCAGGAUGAGGCCCAUAUGACAACGCCUGAACUAAUUAAAACUCACGGUUACAUACCCGAGACCCAUCACAUUUGGACAGAAGAUGGUUACUGCUUGAAUGUGCAUCGUGUACUCUCACCCAGGGAUCAAGUGUCAAUAAAAGCUGAACCUAUCAUAAAUAUUGAUACGGCCGUAAUCAAUAAUAGUAGCAAAGAUUCUAAUUUGUCAACAUCCCCUGAUUAUCAUCGUGUUCUAGAAACUCUCGAAUACGCAGAUUCGAGAUUACCAGUUAUUGUAAACCACGGACUUAUAUCCAGUUCUGCAGAUUGGGUGCUAUUGGGACCUCACAAGGCUCUUGCUUAUGUCCUUUGCGACAAUGGAUUCGAUGUUUGGCUCGCGAAUGCUCGUGGAAAUACUUACUCUAAACACCAUAAACAUUACUCGAUUAAGGACAAAGAGUUUUGGAAUUUCAGUUGGCACGAGAUCGGAUAUUACGAUUUACCAGCGAUGAUAGAUUAUGUCUUAGAAAAGACUGGUCAUUCCGAAUUGUAUUAUAUCGGUCAUAGUCAGGGUACAACCACAUUUUACGUUAUGAUGAGCGAAAGACCCGAAUAUAAUUCUAAAAUUAAAGGGAUGAUAAGUUUAGCACCUAUAGCGUUCUUAGCGAAUCAGAGAAGUCCACUCUUCAAGUAUCUUGUACAUUUUAACGGUUUAUUGGAGUGGAGCUCCUACUUUUUCAACUUUCACCACUGGUUCCCCCGUAGCAGGUGGCAAGCACAUAUGUUUAGCACCCUUGUACGCAACGCUCCUUACGCGGUGACGAAAGGCUUGUGCAACUGUUGGUUUUAUCUGGUCGCCGGAUUUGGUAGCGAUCAGCUCGAUAAAUCCAUGUUGCCUUUGAUAUUCGGACACUUUCCGGCAGGCGCUGCGAUAAAACAAAUCGUUCAUUUUGGUCAAUCAAUAAUGUCCGGCAGUUUUCGGAAAUAUGAUCAUGGCGUUAAAAUGAAUCUAAAGCUUUAUGGAUCCACUCAACCACCCAAAUAUAAUCUUGAAAGAAUUAAAGUACCCAUGGCGAUUUUUUAUAGUGACAAUGACUUUCUCACACAUUAUACUGAUGUUCAAAAAUUGGUAAAUAGAUUACCAAACGUUAUAGAAGUUAAAAAGGUACCGUACGAAAAAUUUAAUCAUAUUGAUUAUAUGUGGGGUAGAGAUGCGAGAACACUUCUAUAUAACCGCAUUGUACUCGUGUUAAAAAAAUUUUAAUGUAUAUUGUAAUAAUAUGUUAAAUACUAAAAUAACUAUAUAUAAAAGAAAGAUUUCGAUAUUUUUGCAUUUACAUUGUAUGUAUUAAUUGACUCAUUAAUCAAACCAAGUAUAUAUAUAUAUAUAUAUAUAUAUAU